AGUGAAGCUUUCCCACAAAAGAUCUGGAUAAAUCCUCUGAGGAGAGAAUUCAUUAAGGAGAUCUCUCUUUCUCUCUCUCUACAGAUGGGUUUAUUGAACCAUCAUGUUGAAGACCAAAAUUUGUGCUUUCAAGCACCUCCUUUUAUUGAAUGGCUGAAACCACCUUCCUCUUUUUCAUCAUCGUCAUCAUCGUCAUCAUCUUCCUUUUGCAUAUCUGAGAAUAGCACUAUGCAAUGCUUGCCUCUUUUAAGCCGGUUUACGGACACCAAGCCGGUGAAAAUAGAAGAUGCUGGGGUGCAGAAAGAAGGUUAUGGGGUCAAAGAAGAGCAGAUGGAGAAAGUUACAGUUGCCUUGCACAUUGGACUGCCUAAUAGUACUAGCACUACUACAGGUGUUUACUCAGACACAUAUGAUCAGAAUAAGAAGGUUUUGAAUCUCAAGGAAGAACAAGUAGUCAUGAAAAAGAGCUUUCAUGGGUGUUCUUUUAACGCAGAAAGUAGGUUUUGGAUACCAACGCCUGCUCAGAUUCUUGUCGGGCCGAUGCAAUUUGCUUGCUCCAUUUGCAGCAAGACCUUCAAUAGGUACAAUAACAUGCAGAUGCAUAUGUGGGGCCAUGGAUCUGAAUAUAGAAAAGGGCCAGAUUCUCUAAAAGGAACACAACCAGCCGCAAUGCUGAGGCUACCAUGCUAUUGUUGUGCUCAAGGCUGCAAGAACAACAUUAACCACCCAAGAGCCAAGCCACUCAAAGACUUCAGAACUCUCCAAACUCACUACAAGAGAAAGCACGGAGCAAAGCCAUUCAUGUGUAGAAAAUGUGCCAAAACAUUUGCAGUUAAAGGCGAUUGGAGAACCCAUGAAAAGAACUGUGGCAAGCUAUGGUAUUGCACUUGCGGAUCUGAUUUUAAACACAAAAGAUCUCUCAAGGACCAUAUUAGAUCCUUUGGUAAGGGACAUUCUCCACACCCGUCUCUUGAGGGUUUUCACGAGGAUGAGAAGGAAUGCGUAACUGGUUCGGAAGAGGAAUGAGUUUUUAUCAAAACUAGCCAAAGUAAUUUGCCCCGUUUUCCCGAGAAAUAGCAUUUUUUUAUAAAACUUUUCAACAAUAGCCAAAAAUCUUGUUCCUAUCUCACACAUUUCGUUACACGUAACCUGAUGUGUGAGAUAGGAAUGAUAGGAAUGAGGGGUAAACUUUUGCUAGUUUUGAUAAAAACUCAUGAGGAGGCUUCAUCUUACAGAGCUUAUUCUCUUUCGUUGGUCGGGUUUAAGAUUUGAAAUUAUGGAAGGCAAAUAAUGAAGGUAAUUAGUAGGGUACGUACUAUAUAUAUCCAACCUUGUGCUCUGUAACAAAAAAUUCUCAGCAGCUUGCACACCAUGCACAUAGGGGAGCGGUUUGCUACGGAGCACUUGCUGUGUGUUAGGGAGUAAUUAAUAACUCCAAACAGUUUGCUUAGUGGUUUAAAUAUAAAUAAGUUGAUGAUUACUUGAAGUGAUGAAGCAGAUGAAUUUUCUUUCUCCUAUCAACUCAUGGUAGGUACCACAAAGUUACAGUCUUUUGUAGCAUCCCCCAAGGAGAAAAUUUAUCAGCUUCAUUGCCAACUAGUGAUCUAUUACAUGAUUGUUGUAUUAUCAAAUUGAAAUGUUUGGAUUCUGGAUAAUCAUCUAUAUGAUUUCUCUCUCGCUCUC